AUGCGUUUAAACCGGCUGCUGCGGUCAAAAGGAAAACAUCUCACGCCUCUAAAACUGAAGGGCGUGCCUUUUUCUCUAAUGAUGACUGCGCGGGCCAUUUCUUCUCAAGGGGUCUGCGGGAACUUCAGUGAAAUAGGAAAGGACAGCCAUUCUAGAAAGACAAUCGACUCCUCCGAGAUGGGAGGAGGGCAGCGCGCUGGGAGCGUGCACACGAGCGGUGGGACGGAGGGCGGCACCCGGUUGGCCUUUUACACACACACGCACACACACACAGCCGCGCACACACGCACCCUGCCACCCUCCUUCCUAGGGGCGGGGCGGGAGGGCGCUGCCCUCACACAGGAAGUCAGGAAACCCAGGGGACAGAGCAGCCACAACUUCGGGCCAUUUAAACCCUCUCCCCCACGUCAGCCAAUGGGCAAGCAAUGGCCUCCCCUCCCCCCGCGCCCACCCCCGCACCCAGACCCCUCGCGCGCACCCCGGCGCCCAUGCGCCUACCGCACACGCCUGCCGCCUGCCCCGCCGCCCUCGGCGGGCACGGCCCGGGCCCCGGAGCGCCUUUGUGCAGCGCCUCGUCAACCUGCCCUCCGUCCGCGGGGCCCCGCGCCCCACCUCCUCACCGAGAGCCCAGCAGCCUCGCAGCGGGAAGCCCCCUCUUCACGUCGCGCCGCAGCUGCAGGACGCCGAGGCCAGCCUGGAGAGUGCUCGCACGGCGGCCGCAGCGGCACACCGAUCCCCGCAGGCUGGUCUCCGAGGGAGGUGGGCCGUGUCAAGACCGGUAAGCAGGACCACUCAGAAAGAACUUGCCAACAGCCAGCCACCUGCGAAGAGGACAGAACUCAGAGAUCUCGGGUCUGCUUUAACAAGCCGGCUGCAAAACAUUUCCAUUUAGUCUCCUGUCUUACAGAAGGAAAGUCCGUUUUUCAUUUUCAGUUGCAUGUUCUCAGCCUGAAAAUGUGGGCCUUUGUUCAUUCUAAUUCGCCUACAUCUGCAUAAAACAAAAGUUCAUUUUCAGAGCAGUGUGGAGGGGGACUGUGCACAAUUCCAGUUAUUGUAUAGAAAAGCUGUGUGCCUCACUUUUUAUUCAGAGAGAAAAUGGUAUAUCCAAGAUGGUAAUGUGGGUGUUCUUCUGUCCCUCAGACUGGUGAUGUCUUGUCUUUCUCUCAAGAAACAAUGGGCAUUUAUUUGGGAUUGCUUAGAUUUAGUUACGCUACUUUAUACUUCAUUCCAAAUGGCUUUGAACUGGUAAGUGGGUGAAAAAAAUGAGUUGAUUUCUUGAAUAUUUGAAAUAGAUAUCAUAGAUUCUAAUUUUACCUACAAUGGAAACAUGUGAAAGUUUUUAAAGUUAACAUUAUUCUGGCAAACUAAUACACAAUGAGGAGCAUUAAACAAAUAUUUCAGUGUAUAAAAUACUUAUAGAAAUUAGUCCUGAACUAAUUUCUGUGCCCAUUUCCUUAAAAAAAAAAAAUUGCUUCUCGGCGUGGCGCCUGUGGCUCAAAGGAUAGGGCACUGGCCCCAUAUACCAGAGGUGGCCGGUUCAAACCCAGCCCUGGCCAAAAACUGAAAAAAAAAAAAAUUGCUUCUCUUUCAACACUACUGAACUAUACACUUAAAAGUAGUCUCAGAUGGUAAGUUUCUUCUCUUUCAAAUCUUUAAAAUUUGGAAGCAUUCAUUUGACGAAGAGAGUGAAGUUGUCCCUCAGUAUCCAAGGGGAAUUGGUCCUAAGACCCUCUGCAGACUCAGAACCCAUAGCUCAGUGGUUAGGGCACCAGCCACAUACACUGGGGCUGGUGUGUUCGAACCUGGCCAGAGCCUGCUAAACAACAAUGACAACUUCAACAAAAAAAUAGCUGGGUGUUGUGGCCGGGUGCCUGUAGUCCCAGCUACUUGGGAGGCUGAGACAAGAGAAUUGCUUAAGCCCAAGAGUUGGAGGUUGCUGUGAGCUGUGACGCCAUGGUACUCUACCGAGGGUGACAUAAGGAAACUUUAUCUCAAAAAACAAAACAAACAAAAAAGACCCUCUGCAGAUGCCAAAAUCCACAAGUGCUCAACUCCCUGAUAUAAAAUGGUGCUAUAUUUGUAUCAGUCAACUUCCAUGUUAAUGAGUUGACCCUAGUUUUUCCCAAAUAAAAAAAACAACUCCUACCAGGAAA